GACACCAACACCUGAACACAUCAUCACCACCACCAAACCAAAAACGUUUAAAACCAGAAACAGAGAGAGAGAGAGCCAAAUUGUUAUUAUUCAUUUAUUAAAUUAAAAUUUCGAAAAUUUAAUAAAAUAAAUUAAAAAAAAAACCCCAAAACCAGAACCAAGAAGAGAGAGAAAUCUGCAUCUCUCUCUCUCUCUCUCUCUCUCUCUCUCUCUCUCGAUCAGAUCGGGCACUUCUGUCUGAAUUCCAACACUUUCGAUUCUCCUUUUAACGUUUCAAUUUUCAAAUUUAUCAAAUUGAUUCUGCGAUCUUGGAAAUUCUCUUCAAAUUUCUUCAAUUCGGAUUCAUUGCAACGUGAAUGGUGAUUUAUGCAUUGAGAUUUUGAAUUCGUUGAUUUCAAAAAUCUCUUCUAGAUCCUCCGCUUUUCUCAAAUGGCGUCGGCUCAGGUGCGGAAGCAAGAGCAUCUCGAAGCUGGAAAACGUCGGCUGGAGGAGUUUCGUAAAAAAAAAGCUGAAGAGCGGGCCAAGAAGACUGCAUCCUCUGGCACUGUUCAGAAUUCAAAAGCCACCCAAAAUCAGAAACAGCCUUUGGAAGUUGAAAAUGUUCGAGUUAAUGAGUCAGAUGGAGUUACCACAUCUGAUGGCAUUGGAGGAGCUGUUACUGACACUAGGAUAAGUAACCAGAAGAAUGUGAAUUUGUUUAACCAAAGUAGUAAUCAAGGGUCUUUAGCUGGUGCAAGUAGUCUUGUGAGAAAUGAUCUUAAUACAUCAACUACUAGUCCGGUGGAGGAACAUUCAGAUAUCGAUGAAGCUAAAAGAUAUAAUGCUUCUACUUUUAUUACAUCUGCAGAUGUUAGUCAAAAUAGCGAGGCAAAUAAAACAAAUGAUCUAUAUGGAAUUCACACCAGUGGUGUUGGUGGAUUUCCCUAUGGAACAACAAACCCCCAAAGUACUUUUCUACGCUCUCAAGGAAGUCAAGAGUUUGAUAACAGUACUAGUCAGUCUAGCCUUCAUGGAAUGAAUGGAAGUCAGUCAAACAAGAGUAACAAUUCUGUGAAGGAUUAUGCAGUUACUGAUGGCUCUUCUCCUUACGUUCCGUCAAAAAUUAUACGUGAGAACUCUGUUGAUUCACUGCAGAAAACUAAGCUGACAAGUUCUAGCACUUUGGAUGGUGGCUCUUUGCAUGGUUUGGUUUCUGGAGGCUUCAGUGAUUCUAUCAGUUCUAUGUUUAGAGAGACCAUUAGAUCUGAUAGUGAUUUGCCUAGUCUUCAUGGUGCAACUAUACCUAAAUAUGAUUCCAUUGGUUAUGAAGUGAGGAAUUCCUCUAACCAUUCACCAAUAAAUUCAGCGUCAACGGAAUCAAGUUCUAGAAAGUUACGUCCAUCUUUUCUUGAUUCUCUAAAUGUUGCUAGACCUUCUAUGGGGUCUCCAUUUUAUCAACCUGAGCAAGAUGCCUCUAAAUUUAGUCAUUUAGAAUCAAGCAGCAAUGACACAUCAGGGUCUACUUAUUUCCAUAAGCCAUCUGAAGACACUAAAUCUGGGGGACUUUUCUCAAAUCUUACAUCUGCUCCAGUUUUUAGUAAUAAUCAGGACACACCGAUGAUAAGUGCUAAGGAAAAUGGCAUGGAGAAGAAGCACGACUUUUACUCAUCUUCACAAAAUGAAGACUUUUCAACUUUAGAACAGCAUAUUGAAGAUCUAACACAAGAAAAAUUUUCUUUACAACGCGCUCUUGAGGCUUCUCGAGUUUUAGCCGAGUCACUAGCUACUGAAAAUUCAUCUCUGACUGAAAAUUAUAACCAUCAGAGAAGUGUUGUCAAUCAAUUGAAAUCAGAAAUGGAGAACUUAAAGCAAGAGAUCAAAUCACAACUGGUUGAACUGGAGGCUAUCAAGAGUGAAUAUACAAAUGUGCAACUUGAGUGUAAUGCAGCUGAUGAGCGUGCCAAGUUAUUGGCAUCCGAAGUCAUUGGCUUAGAGGAGAAGGCACUCAGACUAAGAUCAAAUGAGUUAAAGCUUGAGAAGCAGUUGGAAAUUGAACAAGCAGAAAUUUCUUCAUACAGAAAGAAAAUGUCGAGCCUUGAAAAAGACCGCCGCGAUUUGCAGUCAACCAUUGAUGCUCUUCAAGAAGAAAAGAAGAUGUUGCUCUCUAAGGUGAGAAAGGGUUCAGGAUUUGGAAAACCUGAGAAUAAAACAAGUAAAAGAGAUGGCUCUACAUCUACCGAGGAUUUAGUGAGUGAAGAUCCUGCUUCAAACUCUUCCAACACAGAAAUCAAUGAUAAUGCUGCUGUUCGUGAUGCUGAACCAUCUAGUUUGUCCGUAGUUCCUGAAACUACACAUUCAUCUUUUGGAGUUUCUCCUGUGAAUAUUCCUCAUGAUCAGAUGAGAGUGAUUGAGAACAUUAAUGCACUUAUUUCUGAGCUGGCAUUGGAGAAAGAAGAAUUGAUGAAAUCCUUGGCAUUUGAAUCAUCUGAGAGUUCAAGAAUGAAGGAGAUAAACAAGGAGUUGUCCCGGAAACUUGAGGUCCAGACCCAAAGAUUAGAGCUUUUGACUACUCAAAACAUGGUUAACGGAAAUAUUGAAAAUAUUUCGACAAAACAACCAGAUUCUCGUGUUACGUAUGAGAACAUUCCGUAUGCAGAUGAGGGUGAUGAGGUGGUGGAGAGAGUGUUGGGAUGGAUUAUGAAGCUAUUUCCUGGUGGGCCGUCAAAACGAAGAACUAGCAAACUUCUCUGAUCUUACUUACAUUAUAUUGUAAUUGUUGUCACGAAAAUGUAUAAAGCUGUUUUGAUGGAUCAUGAAGCUGUUUUCCAGUAUGCCAACCAAGGCAAAGAACCAGCCAUUUCAACCCAGAUCCAUGAGUAACGGGUCAACAAAGUUGCUUUUUGUUCGUUGCCUCAGUACACUGGAGGGCGUGAUCUGUGUAUAUUUGAGUGAAUUAUACAGCAAAUUCUUCAAAAGAAAUGGGCUUAUUUUGAAAGCUGUUUAUUGAUUGGCAAUUCCAUAUGCAAUUAUUUUGGAAGAUGGCAAUAAAUCUGUUCUUCGGUUUUAUCUCAAGAUUCAAUCCAAGUUUUGUGCAAUAGUAGUUGGAUAUGAAAGAGGCUACCAAGAAGCUUUCUGGGAACGGGGCAAUUUUCAUUAAUGAGAUGUGGAACUUUUGGUGACUGUAUAUGCAAGGUGCAAGAGUAAAACAUGAUAUGUAAUUGAUGUAUUUCAGAGUUUUACAUUACUUAUGAACACUACGUUCCCAAGUAUAAUGAAACUAUAAUAUACUAGUUAUUUUAAAGGAAAGACAUUAUUUAAGAUC